CACAUAAAUUACAAAUUAAAUGUAUAAAGUAAUGAGUAGAAAAGGAAUUUAAGUUAUUAAGAAUAAACCUACUAGUUAAGUCUGCGCUCAAUUAUAUAUUGACGAAAUAGGAGUAUUAGAUGGUGAAAAAGAUUACAAUUUAUUGGUUUCAGAAUUAGAGGAUUCCAAGCACAUAGAACUAGAAAUUAAUCAAUCAAACAAUGAAAACGAUAGCUUUUAAUAAGUUCAACCAAUAAUAAAUCUUUUUAUUGAAAGUACUCAAGCACUAUCUCUUUCAAUUUCAUAUAAUUAAUAAAUUUCAAAAGAAAUUUUCGAUUAAUGGAUUAAAUUGUAUGAAAAUAAUAAUUCUCUAUAAAACUUCACAGUAAACAUUUCAAAUUCUGACUUUCCUCUCAGCUUAAGUUGCUCAAAGUCUUUAAAAGUUUAACUAAAUAGCUUGAGUGUUCUACUUUCUCCAAAAGAAAUAAAAAUACAAAUAAAUAAAGAUCAUAAGAUUUAGCUUUUAUUAGAUGAGAAAGAUUUACAGAAUCUCAAAAUAGAUAUCAAUUUCCAGAGAGUUGUUUCUGUUGAUAUUUUAUCUUUAAUACUAGAAUAAUUUAAUUGCUGCUAAAAUUUGUAAGUUCAGUAAAUUGGUUCUUUUGUCUUUAGCUAAAAUGCUUUAGAAUUGUCUAACUUUGAUGGUCACUUAAUAAAAAUUUUGCAAAAAUACGUAAAGAUCGAAGAAUUAACUAUCAAAAACUUAAAUAAAACGGAUUAAGAAAUGCAAAAUAAUCUUAUUGGAUUAAUCUAACAAUAGAUUGGUAUUAAAUCUGUAAAGAUAGUCAGUAACAAGUUAUAGCUAUCAAAUUUUAUAGCCUUUCUUUCUCACUUGGAGUAAUAAAAAAUAUCAUUUAGCUUUGAAUUUUAUGAAGGAUCUGGCAGGGUUAGCUUUGAAACUUAACAUUUCUAUAUAAAAAUAAAUGAAAAUAAGCAAGUUUCAAAGGAAAUUUGGGAAAAUUUCUUAUCACCAUUAGCAUCUAAAAUAGAAAAAUAAAUAGAAAUUAUUGCAAACUAGCUUAAACUUGAUUAAUUGAUUAGCUUUUUAUAGUAUUAAAACUAUACUAAAAAUAUUUAUUUUAAAUGUUAGAAUAAUGAAUUGAAAAUUGAAAACUCUGAAAUAAUUUACAACCUUUCAAGCGUAAGCGAAGAGCAAGUUACAUUGCUACUAAAAAAAAUAACUAAUUAACAAACUAUUUCUAUAUCCAUAAAUAAUGUUAAUAAUGUUAUUUAGCUAUUCAACGAGCUAUAAAAGAUAAAUUAUUAAAGCACUAAAAUUUUUAAUUUAAAGCUUUUGACUAAAGGGCAUCGCUUAGAAGGUCUAUCUCUUUUUAAAGUGAUAAAUUAAUCAAAAAAUAUUGAAUAAAUUCAAAUAAAUAUAGAAAGUAACAUUUUCUCAAUAAAAUGUGAAGAACCUCUAAUUUCAAAUAAAUAAAUAACUAAAUAGAUUUAAACAAAAAGAAUGUAUUUAUAUAUACCUUCUAUUCCUCUCUAACAAGAAGAAGUUAAUGUCAUAUGUGACGUUAUUAAGAUGUAAGAGUAUUCGGUUGUUGAAAUCGAAUCAAUUUCAAAUCAUUUAAACCAAGCAGACAAAUCAAUGAGCUAAAAAUAUUACAUUUAAAUAUCAGAUAUCCUUAAAAAUAAGCAAUGUCUAAGUUAAAUAACAAUUAACAAUUAUUCUUUCAAUAGAGAAAAUGGAAUAAUUUAAAUUAACAACUUGGAUAAGUUAGAUCUACUUAUAAAUUUAAACUUUGUAGACACAUAAAAAAUAGAAAUAUCAAAUAUCAACAUUAAAGAUUCUUUGUCUGUAUGGACAAAGACAUACAAAGAUUUAAUAAAAUAGGCAGAAAACACUCUUUAAAGUCUAACUUUGACUUUUGGAAUGAAUAUGAAAAAAUAUUAGAUUGAUUUUUCACAGGUUUUACAACUUCCAUAAAUCUAAUUUAUUACAAUAGCUUACUAAGGAGAUCAAGGAUUGGUAUUAGAUAUUCCAAAGAAAAACCUAGAAUUAAAUAAUUGUGGAAUCAAUAAUUUUAAGCUUGCCAUAACUAAAUGUAGGGUUGAAUAACUCUCUUAUCUAAUAUCUCACAAAGAGGUUUUAAGUUUAGAAGAAGUCAACAUCAUAAAAUCUUUAGAUUUGUAAUCUUUAGUUAUAGAGAGAUUAAGUGCCCCUUUUCAUGAGAAAUUCAGUUAUUAAUUCUAUUAAAAUAUAGAAAUGUAUUUUUUAGAGCUGAUUAUACAUUGCUUUGAAAAAGUACAGUCUUGUAAUAUAAAAUAUGCAAAUAACCUAAUAAUAUUUGAUAAAAAUAUUAAAUUGUCUAGAAUUGAAAUUGACUCUGAAGCUAUUCUAAAUAUUCUACCCACUAUUUAAAUUACUUAAAAUUUUAAAUUUAAGAUUAAAAAUUUUCUAAGUGAAGAGCUUUUUGAGAAGCUUUUAAUUUUUUUAAAAUCUUAGACACUCAACAUAUGCUAAAAAAUAUAUCUAACGUUAAAAACCAGUGUCAGUUAGCUAAUUAAAUUUGUUGAAUUUUUGGAUACACUUCACUUCUAAACAGAUCUUACUGUUUCAUAGAUUUCAUAAAACAUCAGUAAAGAAGAAGCUUCUGAUUUAGGAAAAUUGCUACAUUAAAGCAAUAAUAUAGUAAAAUUCUAGAUAAAUGCUCCUAACAUUAAUGCUGCUCAAAUAAUGGAAAUAGUAGGAGAUAAAUAAAAAAUAUAUUUAAACAUAAACACACCUGCAUACUUUAAAAAUUAAAUUGACAGCAAUCACUUCAUAUUUGAUUUUUUGUCUUAAUUUAAAUUUUGCAAUACUCUUAAGAUCCCCUUUUUUAAAUAACCAUAAUAAAAUGAUAAAUAAAGCAGUUUAUUAACACUACACAAUGUUUGCUUAUUACUCCCUUAAUGUUUACAAUUACUUAAGAAUGUUUAAUUGUUCCCUGAUCAUACAUACUAGAGCAAGCUAUAAAAUCAGAUAAUGAGUAUGAAUUUAUAUAAGCACCUAUUAUUUAGAAGACAGGUGAGUUAUCUUAUUAAAAAAUUAUAAUAGGUAAACUUUUUAGGUUUAAAUCGUCCAGAGAAGAUAUAUGAUUUAGCUGAGUUCUUUUCUACUUAGCCUUAAUAAACAAAUUUUAGAUUAAGUUGAAUACAUACUUUUUAAAAUUAUAAAUUUAAUUUAUAACUUUACAUCAUUAGAAUAAAUUAUUCUUAAUAUAACAUAUUACAAA